ACAGACACCCAAGGCUCCCCCCACACACCCCGCACACUUAUCCACACCCCACCUCCGAACCAACAUCACACCCCAUAGCAAGACACAAAAAGAUAUCUCCCCACAAUACAACCACCGAGAUAAAACCCAAACUGAUAACCAGACAGACUUCACACCACCUACAGAAAGACUGACAAGAACAGGAGAAACCUAUAAACCCCCAAAAUACCCCAAACUAGCUAACCCACAUCACAAAUACCACAAUACACCCAGGGGUGAAACAAAACAAGGAGAGAGAAAUGAGCAUGACACCCAGGGAACGUCCAAUCACUAA